AUGUAUGAUGAGGAAACCGUUCCUGUUGGAGCUGGAUACAGGCUUAUCAUCAGCUAUCUAUAUGAUAUGAAAGAACUGUCUAGUCAGUUGGGUCAAAUCAAUAUGAAGUUGAGUGUACAAGACAUGCGAGAUAAAACGUUAUUCGCCAUUGGUAGCAAGAAUUGGCCCGUCCUUCAAUCUGAAUUUCUCAGGAUCUCUGAUCAGAUUGAGAAGAAGCGUAAACAGUUAGAAGAAAUGGAGAUUAAUAUGAUGGAGGCUCUUGGAAAAAAAGAUGAUAUUGAUGAUGAGAAUGCCAUGGACAUGUUGAGUAAGACGUACGAGAUCAAAGAGGAGCUCGACGGACUCAGACUUGAACUAGUCAAAAACAAAGAGAAACUUGAUGACACAACAAAGAGAUUCUCGAGUAUCACCAGCUGGGCAACGAAUUUAGUAUUAGUGAGUGAUCGUCUGAAACAGUUGAAUACGUUCUAUAUCAUCCCCAUGAAUGAACUGAUAGCUAUAUGUGAUGUGCAUCUUUUCGAUUUCACUGAGGAGAAUCUGAAUCUGGACGAUGUGCAAGACAAGCUAUCCGAGUUGUUCUGGUUGAAGCUUAAAAACAUUUUGUUAAGGGAACAUCGUAUGAUCUUCAGAUUCAUUUUAAAGAAAAAAUGUUACUUGGAGAAAAACAUCUCGUUGACCAACGAGAGUCUCAAAGAUCAUUCUGAUAGCUUGGACGAUCUUCACCAAUUGUCCAGCUUCAUUCGAAAAGCAGACUGCAGGCAAUCAGGAAGCUUAGUGAGAGAGUUUGGUUCGUUAGACUGGCAAAGAUUUGUUUGCGAGAUCACCAAAAGUUGUUCUUAUCAGUUUCUGUCACUUCUUGAGAAAACCUCUACGAUUAUAAGUCAGAGUUGUUUGAAGCCUGAGUGGAUAGUUCUGCACAUUUCAUGGAGUGAAAUAGGAGACAGUCGCCUGAAAAAUAUUGAAACCGAACUGCGGAAAAAUGAGUCAACACAUCCUGAUUUCCGACUUAUAUUUAGCUUAAACUUCGUUAAAGAUGCCGGAAGAAUUGGUUGCCGAUACGUGCAACGCUUCUGUUUGUCUGCUCUGCCUAACUUAGAGUCAGUCAUUCGCUCAAUCUUUGACCUUCAUCACACUAAACAAGCCUUCGAUCGUCUUUCGUUUGAUUGCCAAAAACAAUUCCUACAACUCAUAUGUUUGCAUUAUGGAGCAUACAUUCGUUGGCCGGAGGUGUUUCAGAUGGAUGAUUUGACGUACCUGCUGAACCUUUAUCAAGAGAGUAUUCAAUCCCUUAUUGACACUGACCAAGACCUUCGUACUGAUCAUUUGUACGAAGGUGUAGUAAAACCUUUAUAUCUAACUAAACUAACCACGAAGCAUGAGAAGAGCAUUUUGGAAACAAUUUUCUUAUGGAUUUUCCAAGGAAUAGGAAAGACCGAUGAUGCCUCUUUGCGGAAAAUACUUGGUGGUCAAUGGGCUCUGGAUCCCUUGUUAGCGAAGUUGCGUCAUACAAAUGAUAAACUUCUGAGUGGGUAUUGCUCCCAAUUCCUCGACAUAGAAUCGGAAGCUACCAAAGCUGAGAUAUUGUUGACAACAAAGUUCAUGUUGGCAAUAGAGAAAGAAUUUCAUAAGUCAAUUGCGAGCAUCUCUAAAGGAAUGAGAACCUUUGGACUUACGGGGGUAGAAUACUUGAACUACGAAGUAGAUUAUGCCGAGUUCAGUGUUCGGAAUGCUCUCAUACUGGAAUAUCGACAAGCUAUAAAGGCUGGAGAAUUUGAGAGAGUUCAUUAUAUAUCCUCCAUUCUCAAGUCGUCAGAUUUCUCGUCUAUCGACGUCCGGUAUAUCCAGAGUCCCCGACGUUUCUUGGCAAAGAUUAGAGCUCAAUUCGCUCUCUCUAAAAGGUUACCGCUGAGCGAAGUGGAGAUACAGUCAUGGCUCCCAAUAAUGGAAGCACAAAAUAAAAAUUCUCAGACAACAUUAAAGUUUACAAACUGCCUAUUGUGCGGAGCGCGCAUUGAACACGGCGAAUUAAAAGAAUAUUGGAAAAAGGAAUGGGAGCAACAUAUAUCGAUUGGCAUCAGAGCAGUAAAACGAAAUCUGAUUUCGAAUGAUGAUCAACAACGAAAAGUUUGUAAUAAGAAUGCAACCGUUCUGUGCGCAUGCGUUUCGUUUGGAAAAAAUAUCCUGAGCAAGGUUGAUCCAUUGGUUUGGUUGUAUGUAUUCCAGGUCCUACCGGUGUUGACGAAAGAUGGAAAAGUACUCUGCAAUGUAAAAAUUCGCACAAACUAUCCGCAGCUGCAUUGGAAGCUGCGUGGUUCGUACAUCAAGACGUGGAUGAGUUAA